UCCUCGGAUUCUGAGCUCUGCUUUCGUUUUGGGUCUUGCAGAGCUUCGUUUAGAAGCUCAAAGAAGGAAAGAUUACAAGAAUGAGAACGUCUUUCAACAUGUUCUCUAUGGAGCUCGGAGUCUUGUCCUCCAAUUGGUGGGACGAGAUAAACAACUCCUCUAUCUGGCAGGCCGGGAUCUUCUUCGCCCUCUGUGCUGCUUAUGCCCUCGUCUCCUCCGUUGCUUUGAUUCAAUUAAUUAGGAUUGAACUGCGAGCGCCGGAAUAUGGUUGGACAACACAGAAGGUUUUUCAUCUUAUGAACUUCAUUGUAAACGGAGUGCGUGCACUUGUUUUUGGAUUUCACAAGCAAGUAUUUCUUUUGAAGCUAAAGGUCAUUACUAUUGUGUUAUUGGAUCUUCCUGGACUGCUGUUCUUCUCAACCUACACCCUACUUGUCCUAUUUUGGGCAGAGAUAUAUCAUCAGGCAAGAAGCCUCCCAACAGAUAUGCUCAGGAUUGUAUACAUUUCAGUUAAUGGUGGAAUAUACUUUGUACAGGUUUGUCUUUGGAUAUACCUGGGGAUAAAUGAUAAUAGUGUUGUGGAAGCUAUUGGAAAGAUAUUUAUUGCAGUUGUAUCAUUUACUGCAGCACUCGGUUUUCUUUUGUAUGGAGGAAGACUAUUUUUCAUGCUGAGGCGCUUCCCUAUUGAAUCUAAAGGGCGAAGAAAGAAGCUCCAUGAGGUUGGAUCAGUUACUGCAAUAUGUUUCACCUGCUUUCUUAUCAGAUGCUUUUUGGACGCAUUAUCUGCUUUUGACUCGUAUGGAUCUCUUGACGUGUUGAAUCAUCCGGUCUUGAACUUCAUCUAUUACUUGUUGGCUGAGAUCCUGCCAUCAGCACUUGUCCUCUACAUCUUGCGGAAGCUACCCCACAAGAGAAUAUCAGCACGGUACCACCCAAUCCAUUAGCCUAGCUUAAUCCUCAUCCUUGAAGGGUUUCCUCAUUUAGAAUCUCAAUGAGGUUCUGGAGGUGUAUUUCAUUUGGAGAAAGAAAGAGCAGAUAAGCUGAGAAAAUGGAUGCAGAUGUGCGAUGAUGGCAUGGCUCACAGUUCUCUGCAUGUAACAUAUACAACGCUCUUCUAAGCUUGUGGGGAGAAAUUU